UCAUUUCUACUCUCAUUUCUACUACCUUGGCACCACACCUUAGAAACUGAUAAAAAGUUGAUGAAUGAUCGAUUCGAUAUGGGACAACUUUCGUUUGCACUCUCCCUUUACUUUUUACGCCAUGUGAAUCUCAUAAUCUUCAAUAUCAUCCACCCUUCUUAAGAGUCUACCGCUCUAGACCAUGCCAGCACUUGAUCCGACUUUGUUGUCCAAUAUCUUAUCUAUCAGAAACACAACCAAUGACUCCGCGAAUGCUAACAGUACUGACGAUGUUAUGCAAGUCAUAUGCGCCUGGCCUGUAUCUGGCCAAUAUGGCCCAGGCUCUAGGAUCCUAUACUACGCUCUCGUGGCAGCAUGUGUCUUCGCACGGAAAUACGAAUGGCUUAGGAAUGCUUGUUUAGCAGCUGCCUUGGUAUUUCCGGCUGUCGCUGCUGUUCAUGGCAUUGUGCUUGCCGCAAUACACGUCGACAAUGCCGUCGACAUGGAUAUAUACGGAACCUUUCAAUUCUGUUCGAUCGCCAUAUUAGCAGCUCCAUUAACUGUCAGGAUAUCCCGAACUUAUUUUGACGAUCCUGGUCGAAACAUUAUCUUCAUAUGGACUGGCCUCAUCCUUGCCGGCCUACUAAGCUUAACCGUUGAGUUCUUCCGAAUUACAACUUCGGGUUGCACCGUGGAUAACAAUCACAACAACAUCAUCCCUAAUGACUACGCCAAUUUCCCAUAUGAAAAUGUCUCGUGUAACUUAACCUGUUCUAGCAACUCGGGACCUUUCUCUCCUUUGAGACAAGGCUCAGCGAACGAGAUUUAUAUCAUACCAGCGCCGAACAUCCUAACAUUCAACGCUGCUACUCUUCUCGCCGCUGCUUGCUGCAUUCCCGCAGUACUAUCGCUUGUGUCCAUGUGGAAUAAGAUCCUUGAGAUAAACUGGAAGACGAAGUUUGGUCGAGGAGAUGAAGACCAACUGAUUGAAGGUACCAACGGUGCCACCGUAGCAAAGAUGAGCCGUGUCAACACCAUUGUUAGGCUAUUCUUAAGUACCGUGGAGGUUCCUGUCUUUACCGCUGCGGUCUUGGCCCUCCUCAUAUUCGGAGAAAAGAACUUCUUUAGCCACCAAGUCAACUACCAAACCGAACCCAUUGCCAGCAUAGGUCAAUGGUCACCAAUUGUCGCUACAGGGUUUGCUGCCUUGGGGUCUCUAUACGUACUCCUGGCAGUGGAUAUGGAAGCAUUAAAGGGAGAAGUGGACCAGACACCUCCUUUACAGCACUUCAACUACUCGCACCCGAACUUCAGUGGUGGGCAACCUCCAAGUCUAGACAACCAAUCUGGGGCAGAUACUUCUCCUAGUAGUGAAGGCCUCGAAAGCGAUGUGCCCGAGAGUUCACAGCAAGUGUCAAGGAGCCCACCAGCUAUUCGGGAGAUCAGCAACGGACUCUCUAAUGAUUCUUCUAAUUCUGUUACCGCGCCUCGUGCUGCUUGUAUACGAUCUAGCUCUUCACUCAGUAGGAGAGACACCCCACCUGAAAUGUCCAUAGCGGAUACACCACAUACAACCGACGUAGGGCAUAGGCGCAGAGUGUUUAGGACAAUGGUAGCGGCCAGCAACUUCUUUACAGCGGCAGAAGAUCGAUUCGACUAUUCCGAGUUCAAAACCGGCAAAGCACUUGACUUCCCCGAGGUCCCUGCAGAGGAACUGCGAAACCCAGACCUCCCACAUAUUAGAGAGGUGUACAACGUUCCUCCCUCGCUGAGACAUAAGCGGUCAAGAUCAACCUGUGGGGGGAGGGCGGGGAGCAUCGCCUCCAGAGAAAGCGGCGAAUCAUCAGCGAUAGUUGAGCGACGGCGGGCUGGUACACUACCAGCCGGAUCAUCCUCAGUCGAUUCGGAUGUUUCUGCAUCACCUUCAACCGCCGAGUCAAUGCGAGGUAGACUAAGAGAACGACGAGAUACACUUGAGGUGCCAGCGUCAAGACCACUCUUUCAUACCUCUUCACGAAGCUCCAAACCUGCUUCGCCCGCCAUGCCUACCACUACCAUAUCCAAUAGUCACGGUUCACCAGUCAUUGUCAUAUUUCCGGACCCCGACACAAGCCCUCCUCCUAUUGACGAUACCUCUGCUCUCGAUCCGCCCGUGACUCAGUCUUCGUCCGAGUCUGCGCCGUCAUCGAAAACGACAUAAUUGCCUCCUAAAUCGUGAUAUGAACGUAUCGUACCUAACUAUCAGGACGGAUCGACGAAAGGAAUCUACUUCUAUCGUUUACACAUAUGUUCACACAUUUACCAAACUAUUAUAGAGUUACAGAUAUCUCUGGUUUCUCCUCGUCAUCCUUACCGCUUCACACAGACGAGAGGUGAACUACCUACUACCUAACUAUAUACAACACUCACGAAAAGGCUACAGACGUGUUCGUGAGACUGUGGCUUUUU